GGUGGAUCAGCUGUUUUCGUUUUUCUCAAAUCUGAAUUUGUUUUCAUAAAACGAAGCCUUGUUAUGGUCUCAUAGCCAUGUGUGAAUUAAAAUGGGUUCAAUCGCAUCGGUGCUGCAAUGGCAUUGUCAGACGUGCGGCCAGAUCAAUCCAACAGAAAGUGUAAAGUGUUUAAAAUGUGGUACAAAGCGGGUAUCGAGUCAUGACAGUGGAUUAUUUAAAGAAAAUUGUAGAGAUUCGUCGCCGGAAUAUACAUCUCGUACUGGAAAAAGCGAAGGAACUACACCUGGGUCGGAAGCGAUCGUCAUACCCACUGAACAUAGUUUUAACAGCGGAUGGUCGUGCGUGGGCUCGGCACCGGAGGCGUCGCGCGCGUGGCGGUGCGCGUGCGGGCUACGCAACGUGUCCGCCGCGUGGCGCUGCGCCGCAUGCGACGCGCUCGCACCACACGCGCCCGUCUACAGGCUCUCUGAUGAUGAGGAUCAAGCUUCAGGGAUGACGGACAAAGAAAAGUCUGCCCAAGACAACACUAUGAUAAGGUCCAACACCCUGGCAGUCCCAUCGUCAUAUAAACCUACAACGAGCUACUCAGACGGUCGCCGACUGAACCUCGACUUGCAGUCACUCCGACUGUCCCCCACUCAGUUGACGGACCACGCUCACGGAGUCACCAGGUCCCUAUCUCACGGGUCUGUCAUAAACUCACAACAUAAGUGGUGGAAGGUUGACGAAAGUGGCAGAGGGACCAUUAAUAGACCCACAAGUUUGAUGGUCUCCGAAAGGUACGGUCAGUGCAAUCCCAGAGAAUCGUUCCUUAGAAGCCUUCACACGGUGACCCGAAGACCCAAAAAGUGUAAUGAGAGCAAGUCCAAUUGGGAACUCAAUUACGUGAAGGAGUACCAAAGGGAACAGAGUAGGGGAUUGCAUUUGAAGAAGUGGUCGUGCAGUAAGUGUACUCUAGAAAAUUCUGGGAUCAGGACGCAUUGUGAAGCUUGUCUCUCGCCCAGAGUGUCUCCUUUAGCGCGGAUUCCUAAUGCUAGAGGACUCAGUGUGACGACUUUGGGUAGGCACGAGACUGCGGCGGGGAAAGAUGGCGCGACGUCGCUCCCAACGUCUGGAGGUGUCAUGAUCACCGUCCCCGACUGGCCCACAGGAAGCACGACGCUAGGAACUUCCUUCAGGAGAUCUAUAAGCGCACAAAACUCACCAGAAAUCCGCCCAACGUACCGACGGUCUUUCUCGGAGCAGACAAACGCGGAACGACCAGUUGGGAAGGUGAUAUCGAGUCGGAGGAGUCUGAACGACUACCAGAAGUCGUUAGCGAGUUACUGUGGAAGUCUACCGAAGACUGAUAUUCGAAAAGACCAGAAGAUUGAUGAGAACAGCGCGGAGUUGAUUGAUAAGGAGUGCAGUUGGGAUACGAAUGCUGAGGGGGUGAUAUACGCACUGCCGAAUAAGGGGAAGUACAAGGAUUUGAAUUUGCAGCUGCAGGUGAAUAAUAACGGGACGAGGUAUUCUUAUGUUUCGGUUCAGGACACGAAGACUGUGAUGAGUAACUCGCAGAACGAGGCAUUGUACUCCAAUGAUAUAAAUGAUGGUGACUAUGCUCGCAUAGACGAGUUGCUAGGUGCCGAGAAUUGUAUAUCCCCAGUGAAUGACGUAGCCUCUAAUAUAAGGACUUCGCAUAUAGGCCAGAGGGAACCCAAAGUAUAUAAUAUGCUGCCAUCGGUCGGGAAGGUGUCCCACAACCCCCGAGAGCCGAACAAAGUGCCUUCGACACAACAGCCCACUCGCGAGAGCCGAAUGUGGCAGUGCAACGAGUGUUGGUUUGCGUACAACGCGUGGUGGGCGCGUUGCUGUGACGUUUGUCGCAGUGGCCGGCCCCCGCAUGCACCCGUCACUCUAGCCUCCAGGGACGUACUCGACGGGCCCCAUAAUAAUACACGUCCAGCCAAUCAGGGCUCAGAAGCUAGCGGCAGUAGUAAAGUGGAAAUGGCUAGAGAACCGAAGAAGCUGACUGUACCCAUCGCUUCGUUAGACCACGACUUGAACAGUGACGAACUUUUGUUUGCAGUUGAUUCGAAUCCUGUUCCGCCGGCCCCGGUAAUGACGUGGUCAUGUACCCGCUGCACGCUAGUCAACGAGUCCACGGCCGCCGCCUGCGCAGCCUGCGCGGGGUCCAGACCUCAGCCACAUAACUUUUGGUCAUGUAGCUCAUGUACACUGCAGAACCCUCUAUCGGCGAACCUCUGCCUUGCGUGCAAGACGCCGCCCGUACCGAAACACGGGCUAGCAGUACCGACCAAUGACGCCAAUCAAGGCGCCUCGGGUCGUAGUCCGUCGCCUCGACGUGGACGCAACACUCCGGCGUUGCCUCGACGCGGUUCUCGACACAAGACCCCGCCACCAGAACCCAAAUACGUUAACCUCAGACCAGAGACAUCAGAAUGGCCGUGCUCGGAGUGUACGUACGUGAACAGUGGGUCGGCCGUGUCGUGCGACAUGUGCCAGUCCCCGCGGACCCGUCUGUUGCCCGCCGCGCCCGACCAGCCCUCGCUCGAUGACGACGACUCGCCGGAAGGUUCGGACGGUGAGAGGCAAGAGAGUACUCCGAUGGAGAUUCUACGCUUGAGUGAGGAGAGCCACGCGUGGACCCAGUGGCAAGAAGUACUGGCGCAGUGUGCUUCGACUGGAGAACCGUACGUGGAUUCCUCGUUCCCAGCGUCAGCGCGGUCCCUGUACUACAGUGGAGGGGCGGAGGCCGGGGCUGCGGCACGGUGGCUCCGCCCUCACCAGAUACACGUCGAGGCUGAUCAUAGACUGCCCUGGGUCGUGUUCAGGGACCCUAGGCCUUCGGAUAUAUCGCAAGGGGUACUGGGUAACUGCUGGUUGCUAUCAGCGCUGGCGGUGCUGGCGGAGCGGUCUGCGCUGGUCCGCGGCGUCCUGCUGCGCGCCGAGCCCGCGCGCGGGGCAUACCAGCUCAGGCUCUGCAAGGACGGGCGGUGGCUCACUGUCACCGUCGACGACCUACUGCCCGCCAACAAGAAGGGCCAUUUGGUCUAUUCACAGGCGAAAAGAAAACAGCUUUGGGUGCCGUUAAUAGAAAAAGCUGUUGCUAAGCUGCACGGGUGCUAUGAAGCUCUGGUUUCUGGGAGAGCUAUUGAAGGUCUAUGCACACUAACGGGUGCUCCAUGCGAGUCGGUGUCACUCCAGGCGGGAGGCGCGGGCGGCGCCGGGGGUGGAGCACCCCUAGAACAACUAGACCGAGACCUAGUUUGGGCUCAGCUGUUGUCUUCAAGGCAGGCCUGCUUUUUAAUGGGUGCUAGCUGCGGAGGGGGGAAUAUGAAGGUGGACGAAGAAGAAUACCAGCGUCUAGGGCUGCGCCCCCGGCACGCGUACUCCGUGCUGGACGUGGUGGAGGUGGCGGAGGCGUGCGGCGCGCCCCCCACGCGCCUGCUGCGCCUGCGCAACCCCUGGGGACACUACACCUGGCGCGGCGCAUGGGCUGCCGGCUGCGCCAGGUGGACCCCCGCCGCCAGGGCCGCGCUCGCACAGCAUCAUCAUGACAAAGACCAGGGCGUCUUCUGGAUUAGCUUCGAUGAUGUGCUCAAGUACUUUGACUGCAUAGAUAUAUGUAAAGUCCGGGUGGGAUGGCACGAGGUCCGCCUGGCGGGUAUAUUACCCCCAAUGUCCUCAACCCGGCAUCUAACCUGUCUACUCCUCACUGCCAGCCAACCUACUGAAGUAGACUUCACUCUCUUUCAAGAGGGACAGAGAAAUUCAGAGAAAAGUCAGCGAUCGCAGUUAGAUCUGUGUGUCGUUGUGUUCCGAACGAAGUCGGGGCCCAAUGCGCAAGUCGGGAAACUAGUUGCGCAUAGUAAAAGACAGGUACGAGGCUUCGUCGGCUGCCACAAGAUGUUAGAAAAAGGCUUCUAUCUAGUUGUCUGUCUGGCUUUCAACCAUUGGCACACAGGCCUCGAGGCCGCCGGCAGGUCCAGUUGGCCUCGCCACGUACUGGCCGCGCACUCUAGCAAGCCUCUCACGGUGGCGAGGCCUCCCCUACACCCGCAUCUAUUGGCCGACGCCAUCAUUGGCCUGACUCUAGCCAGGGGACAAAGACAUGAAGGCCGACAAGGCAUGACUGCGUAUUAUUUGACUAAGGGUUGGGCAGGACUAGUAGUGAUGGUCGAGAACCGACACACGGACAAGUGGAUCCACGUGAAGUGUGACUGCCAGGAGAGUUACAACGUCGUGUCCACCAGGGGCGAGCUGAAGACUAUCGACUCCGUACCGCCAUUGCAUAGACAAGUAAUAAUAGUGCUAACUCAGCUAGAAGGUAGUGGGGGCUUCAGUAUAGCGCAUCGCCUGACUCACCGGCUGGCGGCGGGGGCCCGCCUGCAGGACUGGGCGCCCCACAACUCACACAGCGAGGACGAGCCCCGCCAUAGGCCCCCGCUCGCGCGGAGAUUAUACGGGCUUCACGCGCCACGACUUAUUACGUAG